GACCACGUGACAGAGACCAAACCGGAUAUCCGUUUGGGCCGGCGCAGAUGGCGGAAGUGACUCGCAGCUGUCAAAGUUUCAAAAUCGCUCCUCCGUUAUUUCAUUUGAUUCGAUUAUAAAACAAUAACAGCAACAACAACAGCUAUUACUGUUGUUAUAACGACCUCCUCUGUCUUGCGUGCGUGUGGUUUUUGUUGUUGUUGUUUACACAGCGAUUACUUACUCGGAGCUAACGGUAAGAAGAACCCCGUUGUGUGCGUGUGCGCGCGCAGUAAAUCAUCUCCACUGGGGAGACAAAGGCGGCCGGGCGUGGUGCUGCUGGUCACAACACCCCCUCCUCGCCGUGGAAGCGUCCGAGAAGAUGCUGGUGCUGCUGUCGGAGGAGCACAAGGAGCACGUGUCUCUCCUGGCACGCCUCCAGACGGAGGUGUCCCUCGAGUUGCUCCGCGUGGCUGUGGAGUUCCUGCGGGGCGGAGUGAAGACUCCUCGCAAAUACGAGAGUGCAGCCCGCGUCCUGGGCGAGCCUGUGGAGGUGGUGCAGCGGGCGGUGGAGGGGCUGAUGUACCUCCUGGCCGAAGCCUCCAGAAUGGAGGUGUCGGCGGAGGUGUUCUCGGCGUGGCUCAACGAGCUGGAGCUGCCGGGCAGCGUGGGGGCCCAGCUGGGCCAGGUGUACGCCCAGGGUAAGGCCGAGGUGCGUGGCCUCCUGGGGCACCUGGGACCGGCGUCCGACCGCUACCACGACCUGGAGUGGAGGCUCGACGUGCAGGUGGCGAGCCGCGCCGGCGGCCGGCAGCAGCAGCGGCGGCCGCUGCCGCGGGUCGCCCUGCGGCUGACGACGAGCGGCGGCCCCGGCGGCGUGGAGCCGCGUGCCGUCGCUAUGGAGGUGGCCCCGGCCACGCUGCUCCACGCAGUCCGCUCGCUGGAGGCGGCCCUGGACGAGGGCCGCGACGUCCACGCUCGGCGCAUCGCACGCAACGUCAAGUGACACGCUGGGCCGCGGCGGCGUCGCCGCCCACGUCGUCGUCGCCGCUGACGUCGUCGCUGACGUCAUCGCCGCCGUCAUCGCUGACGUCAUCGCUGCCGUCGCCGCUGACGUCGUCGCCGCUGACGUCGUCGCCGCUGGGUGUCGUCGUCGUUGACGUCGCCGCUGACGUCAUCGCUGACGUCGUCGCUGACGUCAUCGCUGCCGUCAUCGCUGACGUCAUCGCUGCCGUCGCCGCUGACGUCGUCGCCGCUGACGUCGUCGCCGCCGGGUGUCGUCGUCGUUGACGUCGUCGCCGCUGACGUCAUCGCUGACGUCAUGGGCGUCGUCACCGCUGACGUCAUCACUGACGUCGCCGCUGGGCGUCGCCGCUGACGUCAUCGCUGACAUCAUGGGCAUCGUCACCGCUGACGUCGCCGCCGACGUCAUCGUUGACGGCGGCCGUCUACGUCGCCCCACCACCACCACUACCACCACCCCCCCACCACCACCAUCCCCACCACCACCACCACCCCCCCCACCACCACCACCCCCCCACCAACCAGAGAGCCUUUGGCAACUUCACGCGACGGCCUCGGAGUGCACCUAGCCUGGCACGACGCCGCCGCUGCUGCUGCUGUUCCUGCUCCUCUUGUUACCGCACAGUUAAGAUUUGGCGAACGUGGAAGGAGAAUACAACAACAACAACAACUUUCCAC